AUGGCGACAUCAUAUGAGAUGAAGUCCACUGGCGGCCAUGGACGGGAGCAAGAAGUGGAUAACGAGGUCGUCAAGAAUGGCAUGAUAGACCACGAGGAAGGGCAGGAUCACUACGAUCGAGCGCCUGCCGACCGCGAGGACAUGCAUCGAAUGAACAAGAAACAGGAGCUGCGACGAAACUUCCGAUUCCUCUCCAUCUUUGGCUACAGCUUGAUCCUCGGCAAUGGUUGGGUAUACUCGUUGACAGGAGCCAUCGCACCGCUUACGAAUGGCGGUACUGCGGGCGGCAUCUGGAUGUAUCUGAUUGUCAUCAUCGGCAUGUGCUUCUCCACGCUCUCCAUGGCCGAGAUGGCCAGCAUGGCUCCAACAGCAGGUGGACAAUAUCACUGGGUCAGCGAGUUUGCCCCACGGGAGCAUCAAAGGUUUCUGUCGUAUCUCACCGGGUGGCUAUGUGUCCUCGGCUGGCAGACAGGUCUCUGCGCCACGGCGUACGGCGCUGCACUCGCGCUACAAGGCAUGAUUGCAAUCAAUCAUGCUGAUUAUGCAGUACCUCAAUGGCAAGGAUGUGUACUGACAAUUGCAGUUGUUCUGAUCACGAUCUUCUUCAAUACCGUCUUCCUCCGUAGGCUUCCCCUUUUCGAAGGCGUCAUGCUUGCGAUCCACGUCAUGGGAUUCUUCGCCAUAUUCAUUAUCAUGUGGGUCAUGGGUGAUAAGUCACCCACUAAGCAGGUCUGGACAGAGUUUGCCGAUCCCUCGGGGUGGGGCAGCUAUGGUGUUGCAACACUCGUGGGCUCGCUCGGAGCCAGUGGUGCUCUUCUUGGCAGUGACAGCGCAGCCCAUCUUGCAGAAGAACUUAAAGAUGCAGCUUGGGUGCCCCCAAGGAGUAUGGUGGCGACUGCGGCGGUAAACUACUCGCUCACCUUCAUCAUGGUCGUUAAUCCAGCCUUCAUGACCGUCAACGGAGGUGACCUCGACCAGCUUCUGGGAACGAGCUACGCCCAGCCAUACGUCCAGAUCCUGUACAAUGUCACGCAAUCCAAAGCAGGAGGCACUGGGUAUCAAGCCUUAUCGUCCUGGUCACCAAUUGCUCUUUGCUAA